GUCCAAAGGACGACAUCCUUACAGUGGCUGCAGCAAUACGAGAAGAGAGGAGCAAGGGCAGACAGCGCUUUACCUGCUAUUCGAUGGGAAGAUAAAUUGUGAAAUUUAAGUAUGGACACCUUAGAUUUUGUCAUCAAACAAGAAGACUUCUUUGACUACACUGAACUUUAAAGGAAUACCUGGCUUUUCUUUUCUUUUUCAGUGAAAGGUUACUAAGUAUUAGCAACUGGUUUAAUUUGUUUGAUUUGUUUGGAUCCUUCACACAGCCUACGCGUCAGCUAUAAUUUGUCAGAUAUCUCGGGAAAGAGGAGAUGCUUUCGCGUUUUUAACCGCCGUCAAUUAAGACUAAAGUUGUAUUUUCAAGACUAAACCUCAUUAUUACUCCAUAUGUUUAUAGCACACUUUCUGUGAACGUCUCACAAAAUGACUGAGAGCAUGAUGAUGAAUGGACAUCUAUCAAAGGAGGUUGUUGGAAGAAUACUUUUGUCCUGUUUAUAGGUCAUAUUGUCCAAAAAUUGUUUGGUUGUUGUAUGGACACGCUAUUUAUUAAAAUGAGUAUUUACAUCUGCACUGUAAUCUGUUUAAUGGCUUGCAUACUCGCAGUUCAGUGUGCUGUGGGAGCUGAGACAGUGUCUCAAAAGUCUCAGUGCGUCUCAUGUGGACUCGGGCAUCCGGAUGAGUCGGCACGAAUGGACACAGACUUUCUGGAGGCGGUCAAAAGGCACAUAUUAAACCGGCUGCAAAUGAGAGAAAGACCAAAUAUCACUCAUCCCAUUCCCAAAGCUGCCAUGGUUACGGCACUGCGCAAACUUCACGCUGGCAAAGUGAGGGAGGACGGGAGGGUUGAAAUUCCUAACUUAGAUGGACAUGCUGCCUACAACGACGUGCAAGAAGAAACGUCGGAAAUAAUCAGUUUCGCCGAGUCAGAUGAUGUGACUCCAUCUAAGUCCAGCCUCUAUUUCCUGAUCUCCAAUGAGGGGAAUCAGAACCUCUACGUGUUGCAGGCAAAUCUGUGGCUCUACUUCAAGCUGUUGCCAGGUGCUCAGGAGAAAGGACUGCGGCGAAAGGUUACGGUGAGAAUGCACUACUAUGAGCCUGGUGGGCAGAGUGUGCACUGGCCUAUGCUGGAAAAACGAGUGGAGUUGAAACGCAGCGGAUGGCACACCUUUCCUCUGUCUGAGGCAGUAAGGGAAAUGUUGGGUAAAGGAGGUCGCCGACAGGACCUGGACAUCCACUGUGAGGGCUGCGAGGCCGCAAACAUUCUGCCCAUCCUGGUGGACCCGAGCGACCCCUCACACCGACCCUUUCUGGUGGUCCGUGCCCAGCAGGCAGACGGUAAGCACCGUAUUCGGAAGCGAGGCCUGGAGUGUGAUGGCACCAAUGGUGGUUUGUGCUGCAGACAGCAGUUUUACAUUGACUUCCGACACAUUGGCUGGAACGACUGGAUCAUCGCGCCAGCGGGGUACUAUGGGAACUACUGUGAGGGCAGCUGCCCAGCUUAUAUGGCAGGUGUUCCAGGCUCUGCCUCCUCAUUUCACACCGCAGUGGUGAACCAGUACCGCAUGAGAGGCAUGAGUCCUGGAUCUGUCAAUUCCUGUUGCAUACCCACCAAACUCAGCACCAUGUCCAUGCUCUACUUUGACGAUGAGUACAACAUCAUCAAACGUGAUGUGCCUAACAUGAUAGUGGAGGAGUGUGGCUGUGCCUGAGAUGUCUGCUGGACUGGAGUUUUCAUGUUAGGACAUGUAACAAAACAGUGACAGUCAUAUUUAUGGUCUUUUUGUACCACAUGCAUAUAGAUUGUGUUAUUAUUUGUGCACUCACAAAAUACAAUCACACACGUGUGCGUGUGUGUGCAUCAAGCAGUAGAUCAUCAGAUAUAUGACUGGUCAGUACCUUCUAAUGAGCAUAAAGAAUUUGGGAUGACAGGGGAAAGGUAACACCAAAUGGCUGAUCUCUAGUUUGCCAUUUCUAGACUUAAAAAAAAAAUGGAGAGUGACAUUUCCAUCAUUACCAGAGACAAACUGGUGUAACCCAUUGACAUAAGUACUUAGAAACAGUUUAAGCGGUUGUACAAGCACUGACAUCUCAAUGUUCCUUCUACUUCAGAACACCAGCACUUCAGCAGCUUCUUUAAGACUAUAUGACAAAUCAUUCCGACUGAGGUGGAGGUUUCAAAAUCAGUGCAUGUCAUCAUCCCAGUCAUUCCCAGAGGCAUUCCCAGAGUAAUGACUCCAGUUGUCUAUGGCAUUGUUAAAUAUCAGUCGUGAGGCUUUUACUCAAACUGCAAGAACCUCUGGACAAAAUUGUCUUGCAACUCAAACCACUUUCAAAACUGCUUUUGAAUUCCAAACUUCACAGCUUCCUUCAUUUGGUCACCUAAGUGGCUGACAAUGCCCGCAGCAGUUUGCAUUCUGUGGAGCGGCUGCCAUUCUGUCCAGCUGGUUUACAGUGAGUACAGCACUUGCGGAAACUCUCAAAAUGCACAAUGUAAAGCACUUGCAUAUUGCAAAGCCUUCAAAAGGGUACAUAGAAGUGGACCUACCCUUGCUCAAAGUCCUUUUAAUAUAAAGUGCCGCAUGAACUAUGCAAUGUAUAGUAAUCCUGAAUCAUGUCAAACAAACUGAAUUCUUUUUUCUGCUUGUCUUUAAGUCUCUGUUAAUACUUGAAAUGUGAUCUUUCGCUUGCUUUCCAAAGCGGAUGAUUGUUAAGAUGUUUGCACUGAAAAAGUUGCGGGAUUAGUUAAAAGACAAAAAACUGCCAUCGAAAAUGUUAUUUUUGUAGUAAUAAACUGAAUUUCAUGAAAAUGUAUUGUACCUAAUAAUUGUACCAAAGAGGCCAGUAUUUUAGAUAUUAUAAUAUGGUGGCAAUGCCAUUCCAAUAUGUGUAAAAUAUUGUUUGAUCUUUCUCAAGAGGCCUAAUAAUCAAGGUACAACAUUAUGGAUUCCAUGUGUAGCUCUGUCUCAUUUUUUCUACCAUGUACAGCAACACAUUCUCUUCCUUGUCUUUAAUUUCCUGUCUUCUAUUUAAUAAGAGUUAUUUCUUAGCGGUUGUUACAAUGUAAUGUAGUUACACAGAUGUAAUCUCUGUACAGAUUAUGUAAAAAAUAAAAAUAUUCUUU